CGAUAAAUAAAACCGGCACUCGUGGAACUGGACAUCACUUCAUUCUGCGUUACACUACCUGAAACUAAUGACAGCAAUGGCGGGUCGACUUCUUCGCCGAACUUGCGCAGCAACGUUUCAGUUACGGAGUCGAAUGGCGUUACCGCGUUCCAUGGCCACAAUGGAAGGAAUACCCACAGAUGAGGAACAAGCCACUGGCCUGGAACGCCGUGCCAUGCAAGCCCUAAAACUGGGAAAAGAUCCCUACAGUAUGCUGAAACCUAAGGAGUACGCAGGAACCAAAGACGACCCCCACAUUGUGCCUUGUAUUGGUCAAAAGAGGCUGGUGGGCUGCCUUUGUGAGGAAGACAACACUGCGAUCGUGUGGUUCUGGCUUCAUGACGGAGAUGCCCAGCGCUGUCCCUCCUGUGGAUCUCAUUACCAGCUGGUCCAUCAUGAGUUGCCUCAUUGAAACCAUCAAAAGCAAUAUUAACAUCACUAUUUGUCUGCUUCAAGGUCCCAUUCACUUUCCAUGCCAGCAUGAUUAUACAUGUACCGU